CUUUAAACUUCUCCCACCGUCCACCGUCUUUUCCUCUUGCAACAUCAACCCGUCUUCCGACCAAUUCAUUGAGAGUAGUGCUUCUCUCAUGGAGCUUGACCUAUCUGUCUUAUUCCUGCACGCAUCUCGCGUCUUUGUCGCACCUGCCACCUGCUCCGGCGCCUGCCAUUCAAAUCCAACAUGACAUCGUUGGUACCCCGCUCUGCCUAUUCCAAGGACGAGCUCAACAACCUCUACCCUGACGACCUCGAGUUACGUCUGGUCCAGGUAUUGCUGAGACAUGGGGAGAGAGCUCCAGUCUCGGUCCGCUUCGGCAAUGCUGGACUUCCUGCAUACUGGCCAUAUUGCAAUGCCGCUCAACGCAUACGAUCCGUUGCCUUGACACCAGAAGACACUAGUCAAUGGAAUUCCCUUCAGUGGAGAAGAAGACUCGAAACCUUUGGGAAGGAUGACGGUCCGACCAUUGCCUCAGGACCGGCUGGUGAGGUCGAUGGGAUUUGUCAGCUGGGAGAAUUGACCGAUAAAGGACGAGAGACCACCUACGAAUUGGGCCGUCGCCUACGCCACCUCUAUGUUGAUCAGCUUCGUUUCAUGCCUCAAUUGAUAGCCAACGCAGACCUCAUCUACCUCCGAGCCACCGCCGUUCCCCGAGCACUCGAGUCGGUCCAACAGGCAUUUUGGGGCAUGUAUCCAUUGACCUCUCGCACUGCCACUUUCCCGGCUCCUACCAUUGUCACUCGGACAUUUCAAGACGAGACCCUCUUUCCCAACGAUAGCAACUGUCGAAGAUUCGCCCAGUUGUCCCGCGCAUUCGCUCAACGGACCGCCGACCGCUGGAAUGACUCGGAAGAGAUGGCUCAUGUGUCCAAAAUGGUUGGCAAGUGGAUGCCUGACGGAGCAGACAACAAGGUGGCCGUGGACUCUCAUCCCAGACUGUCAGGGCUCAUGGAUACUAUCAAUUCCACCCUCGCCCAUGGAAGAGAGACACGCUUGCCCAAAGAAUUUUAUGACGAAAAGGCACGUGCCAUCAUCGACAAGAUUGCUGUCGAGGAGUGGUUCUCUGGCUUCUAUGAGAAUCUCGAAUACCGCACCUUGGGUAUCGGAGGACUCGCUGGUGACAUUGUAGAACGAAUGACUUCCAAGAUUGAGGGUGCCGGCCUCUCUAUCAAUGAGAUUGGUGGCGAGAAUGGUCGUCCAGGUAUUGGCCGUGGUGGUGAAAAGGGAGUUCGCUUCGCCAUGUCUGGCUGCCACGAUACCACUCUGGCCGGCCUGCUGACUAGCCUGGGGGCGUUUGACGGGGAAAAUUGGCCUCCUUACAGCAGUCAUAUUGCAAUUGAGCUCUUCCGCAAAAAGGAUCCCAAUUCGAUUUCAUCAGGUUCUAGCUCAGAUGCUACAUUCCUCUCCGAGACAAGACCCGCGUCAACCGAACCAAAAGGAGAAUAUCGCCCUGGAGCGAUAGCAUCACUCCUCGGCUUACGUUCUGCUUCUAGUUCAGAUCCUUCCUCCACUUCCCAGUCUUCGAAUACACACUCGGGGAAAUCUCCUGCCCGAACUCCAAAGUUCAAGGACCUCAUCGCGCGCAAACCAUACAAGGAUUUGUCAGGCUCGCAGAAGGAUCGUCUCGAGCCAUAUUAUGUCCGAAUUCGAUACAACGAUAAGGUGAUGAAGGUCCCUGCAUGUGCCGAACCAGGAAAUCACUAUGAAGGCGAUGAUUCUUUGUGCACCUUUGAAGCCUUCAAGCGCGUUGCGGAUAGCUUCGUUCCACUGAACUGGAAGUCUCAAUGUGCCUCGAACCUGAAUCAGAAAAUUGCAGCUCUGGAUGGACCAGCCGAGCCUGCUGGCCAGAUUGACGAUGGCUUCUGAGCUCGAACCCGCAGCCCUGACCCUCCCAUCAGACUGCAGCACAAGUCAUCUCUGGCGGGCUUGUUGCAGACACGCGGGCUCUGAUGACCACUUCAGGUUCCAAAAUAUUAAGGCAUCUCCAAUGUCUUCCCAAAAGUGUGAUUUCACAUAUUAGAUUAUGGGGUUUUCUCCCGUACCAAAUAGAUACCGGCGCCGCAUUGGACCAAAAGUAGCCCAAGGCCUUAAUAAUGUAAUCAAGCGGGAUGAUCACUCUGGCCUUAAGUAACUGGAAGGAUAGAUUGUCGAGGCUGAACACUUGUCAGAGUGUGAUAUAUUGCACGUGAUCACGCGUUUCUUCUUGACGCGUACCUGCGACGCGUCCAACGCAAAUGAAUGGAGAUGAUAACUGUUGGAGAAAACUGGGUUACUACAUAUUACAAGAUGUCUGGCGAUAUGAAAG